UACUCAACUUCAUUUCUCCACUCCAAUCUUCUUUCUGUGAGUUCAGUAAAUCAUGGACAACCCAAUCGCCGGCGACGAUUUCAGCUACCUUUCUGGCUUCGGAAACCACCAUUCCUCCGAGGCUCUCGCCGGAGCUUUGCCGGCGGGGCAGAACAGCCCUCUCAUCUGCCCCUUCGGUCUCUACGCCGAGCAAAUCUCCGGCACCUCCUUCACCUCCCCUCGCAACCGCAACCUCUUCAGUUGGUUUUACCGGAUCAAGCCAUCAGUGACCCACCAACCCUUUCAACCUAGAGUACCUAGUAACAGGAGAAUUUUUAGUGAGUUCAACAACUCCAACAGUUCUGCUAACCCAACACAGCUUAGAUGGAAGCCCAUGGAUGCACCUGAUUCACCAACGGAUUUCAUUGAUGGGUUGUCCACCAUUUGUGGUUCUGGCAGCUCUUUCAUGCGCCACGGAUAUGCUAUCCACAUGUACGCUGCAAACAAAUCAAUGGAGAAUUGUGCCUUUUGCAAUGCCGAUGGUGACUUCUUGAUAGUUCCCCAGCAAGGAAGACUCUUAAUCACUACUGAAUGUGGAAGGUUAAAAGUUUCCCCGGGUGAAAUUGCUAUACUACCUCAAGGUUUUCGUUUUUCUGUGAAUCUGCUUGAUAGUCCAUCGCGGGGUUAUGUUGCUGAAAUAUUUGGUACUCAUUUUCAACUUCCUGAUCUGGGACCGAUAGGUGCUAAUGGUCUUGCCGCGCCAAGGGAUUUCCUUGUUCCUACUGCAUGGUUUGAAAAUAAAUCCUAUCCUGGGUACACUAUAGUGCAGAAGUUUGGGGGUGAACUGUUUUCUGCAGUUCAAGAUUUCUCUCCCUUCAAUGUUGUUGCUUGGCAUGGUAAUUAUUUUCCAUAUAAGUAUGAUUUAAGCAAAUUCUGCCCUUAUAAUACGGUUCUGUUUGAUCAUAGUGAUCCAUCAAUCAAUACUGUGUUGACAGCACCAACUGAAAAACCUGGAGUGGCAUUACUUGAUUUUGUCAUUUUUCCACCCAGAUGGCUGGUUGCUGAGCACACUUUCCGGCCUCCAUAUUAUCAUCGCAACUGCAUGAGUGAAUUUAUGGGUCUCAUUCACGGUGGCUAUGAGGCCAAGGCUGAUGGAUUUCUUCCUGGUGGUGCAAGUCUCCAUAACUGUAUGACUCCCCAUGGUCCUGAUACCAAGUCAUAUGAGGCUACCAUUGUUCGAGGUAAUGAUAUAGGACCCUCCAAGAUCACAGAAACAAUGGCUUUUAUGUUUGAAUCAAGUUUGAUACCCCGGAUCAGUCAAUGGGCCCUAGAAUCACCCUUCUUGGAUCAAGAUUACUACCAGUGUUGGAUUGGCCUCAAAUCUCAUUUUACAGUAACAGAGACAUGUCCUGAAAACCAACCAUAAAUGGCUACAACUGUUCCCAAUAAAUUGAUCUUGUUGUGCAUAAAAAUAGAUGUAAUUAUGAAAUAUGAGAAAUAAUACGUGUACAACAAAUUCUAAAAGGACUUACUAAUCUAUAAUCAGUUGGUUGGUAUAAAUAA